GUGAGUGUCGGGUGCAGUUGGCUCGCGCGCAGGCCAGCUUCAUAAUCCGUUUUUAUAAGACUGUUCUUACGUAGCUCUCGGUGCUUUCGAGGAUUGUAACAUUGCUUUCAAAAAGCCACGGAACUGGGCUUGAGAAAUUUGUUUUUUUUUUCUCCAAUGAAGUUUGAGGAGACCGGGAUCGUCACUAGUAGCAUCACCGCCCGAUAUUUGGCUCCUGAUCAAUCUAUGAAAUAUUAGAGAUAAUGCCAGCAAGAAGCUACUGUGAACCCCACCAGAUAACAACAAUAGUGCUGCUCUUAUAAAAAAAAAAAAAAAAAAAAAAAAAAAAAUCAGUGGCAAAGAAAAACAAAACAAAAUCAAAACAAGACAUACUGUGCCUCAAAUAUCUUUCGCAAAGUCUUAUAUAAAGUGUGUCUCAGAAACCAAGCAUAACUGAAAGCACCUGUGGCAUUUAAGAGCAGUAUCUUCGCAGAAAAAAACAAACAUGGCAAUUAGUGUCGUGAUUCCUUUGCUGAUUCCACUGGAGGAGAACCUUUAUAAUGCGACAAGACUCCUUUCGGGAUCAGGGAACUCGCCGCUCCAGUUCUCGGAAUCGCGUUACUGCGUGUCCAUCGCGGAGGACACGCCCACCUCGGUCUCGGUCGCUGUUGUCUCCGCUACACACAGGCUGGGAGAGGUGGUCCGGUACAGCAUCACAGGAGGGAACGAUGAAGGCUUGUUCACCAUCGAACCACACUCGGGCCUCCUCACCCUGGCGGCGCCGCUCGACCACGAACUGCGCCAGAAGCACGAGCUACAAGUGGCGGCGGAGGCAGGUGGCCAGGUGAUGCACGUAAUUGUAGAGGUACAGGUGUUCGACGUGAACGACAACGUGCCGUACUUUGUCAAGCCCCAGCCGAGGGUCACCGUUAUUGAGGAGGAUGACCGGGACCUUCCCAUGACACUUACGAAGGUCGAAGCCUGGGACGCAGACCAGCAGGACAGAGGGACCCUCCUUUACACGCUGAGAGGUGAUGGCGUGGAUGGCCUCGAUCACGACAAAGCCUACUUCAAGGUGCACCCACACACUGGCGAUCUUAUCCAGCUCAGGGCGCUGGACCGCGACCCCCCUCGCGGCAAGGGCGUGUGGAAGCUCCGCGUGCAGGUCCGCGACGGGCAGGCCAGCUGGAGGCGGGGACGGACGGGAGGCCCGGAAGGAAAGGUCCGCGCCGGGGGGAGUCGCCGCCAGGAGGCCGGACACCUGGGGGGAAUGAGCCUCUUUGGCUCGGGGGGGCAUCAUAGGCGACACCAUUUUCUUCUUAGAUACCCGAGGACUCCCAUAGGGAACGAGGACGAGGAAAAGGAGACCGCCGGAGAAGGAGACGGCGAGAAGGAGGCAGAAGGCGCAGACGAGGAGAGCCGCGAGGGUGACGAAGCAGAUGGCGCAAAGAGGGAAUCACGGAAGACACGUCAGUAUGAGUCGGUUGAAAAUAAUCGUCCGUUUCAAGUAGAGACAAAUGUUGCAAGAAACAGCGCGAACGAAUCCGAUGGAAAUGAAGCGCAACGCACAGGAGAGAAAGAAAACGGGAAGGACAGAGGCACAGCGAGAAUAAAUCUGGAAGGAGAUUUCGAAGACAAAGGUAGGAAGACUUAUUAUUCAGGUGAAAUCUCCGAAAAUGACAGCAAAUGCAAUCACUGGUGUAAAGGAAAAGAGGCAAAUUCAGGUGAAAAUAACGAGGCAACGGCGUCUAAAGAAGACAUGAACGUUGUCAGUUACCUAAAUCUCGUGAAAAGUGAGAACAGUGAGGAAAUGAGGCAAGGAAGGCCGGGCGACUGUGGCGAGGAGACGGCGUCUUCGAAGGGCGAGAGCGCCGGGGGGCCCGAGCACUUGGCCGAGUCGAUAGAGCGGAGCGAAGGGCGAAGGGUAGACACAGAGGACGACAAGAGGAACGGGAAAAAGGAAGAGAAAAUUACAAAAAGCGGGGGAAGUGCUGGAGCCGGGGGCGGGGGGGAGGCGGGGGGGGCGGCGCGGCGGCGAGGCCCACCAGCUGUGCCGGUGAGAAAACUCUGUCGUUCGCCACAUGCCGGGGGAAGAUUUGUCGGCGGGGGAGAGGCGCGGGGGGGCGAGAGAGACAAAGAUCAGCCCCCGAGAGAAAGAAAUGGCGACGAGGAGGAACAACAAAGACUAAUGACGGCGAAAGAGAUUAAGAAGGGGAGGGAGAAGAAGGGCAAUACAACCAUCGAGGAAGUUAGUGGCGAAGUCGGCGGCUCUGAGGAGCAGGGACACGCAGGCAAUGCAGCCAGCAGCAGGAUCUCCCGGACAACGCUUCCGAGAGGAGAGAAUGAAUCAAUGGUGCAGAAGCAUACCGUGAAAGACCCGUGGGGCAGCGGGGGUGACGACAGCUGCAGCCCGGACAAAGUUUGUAGAUGUCAAACCAGAGGAUAUUACAGAGGAUGGCGGCAGCGAGAAAGAGGACAGUGCUAUCUCGAGUGGAAGAGAAUUUCUAAGUAAUCUUGGAGAGUUCUCGAAGACGGGGAGAGUGGAUGCAGAAGACAGGUCAUUUCUGCUUUCCCAAGACAAUGCAUUCAUGCUCUCUGAUGAACCAUCCGCUAGGACAUCGCUGACGCCUGCCUCUCCGGGU